AUGACUAUUUUAAAUAUCAGAAAAAUAGAAGAUUAAAUUAAUAAAAUUUUUAAUCACAUUCUGAAAGAGAAUAAGAUUUAAAGACUAUUUUAUAGACAUAAAAUUAAAGAAACUUUUAUUAAAAUAUCAGAUUAACUGGAGUAUUGGGACAAUUAUGAUAAGCUGGUGAAGAUUUAAUUAAUGUAUUAAUUCCUCUGUAGAUUUAAGAUUUAAUAAUUAAAACUAUAUUUAAAGAAAUCUUCUAUUUAAAUGACAAUAGAUAAUCAGCAUGUAUGGAUAUUAUUUUUACUAAUUUUCUAACUUGAUCAGAAUGUGAUUUAGUAAAUUAUUAAAUAAACCUACAUAAAUUUUAGAAUAAAGUAAUAGUACUAUUGUUGGAAACCUUUUUAACAAACAAUACUGAUGCUAAAUAACUAUGAUUGCAAAAUUGACAUACGAUAAAGAGAUGGAUUGAUCUUGAUUGAACCUAGUAAUAUAAGAGAACAUAAUAGGAAUCCAGAAAAGUAUAUUAUUAUAGGGUACGGAAUUACUCUAGAAAAAGGAGGUGGACCAUUCAUAUUAAUCCACUAUUUUUCAUAAGAAUAUUGCAGCGAAGAUGUUAACUUCAAUUUUUUAAAUGGGUUUUCUUAAUUUAAUUUUAGUGAUAAUCUCCAACCUACUUAUGAAAAUAUGUAUUUAUUGUUUGAAUAGAGUAAAUGAUAUAUUUAAAUUAGAUUAUAUAUUUCAAGUUCCUUAAAGAGUUGUGUAAAAAACUAAAGAAUGCAAUAUUUUAUAUUUGAACAAUAAAGUUGUAAACUAGGGUAGAAUCAUUCAAUUUUACAUAAAGUAGGGGGAUUGCUAGACUCUUUCAAUUUAGAAUAAGUAGAGCUCCAUUGUUUAAAUAUAUUCUAAUUCAUACAUAUGUUCCUUAAAAAUCCAGGGUUAACUUAUUUGGAUUGAGUUUCUAGAACAUUGA